GUAGUUCUGUGUUCCUUUCGUGCUCUGCAGCAGUCUAUCGAACUUGACUCGCAUAUUUUCCUCCGCAGGCUUCCGAAGGAGGCUUCGCCAUAGCAGCGUUAUCUCCGCGCACGUUCGCGUCCAUGGCUUCCCCGCGCGGACACUUCCCCGCGGCAUCUCCGCGGAGCUUCGCGCCCACGACCCCCACGAGCCAACUUUUAGGGGAUACCUUCAUGAACCAAGGCUCAGGAGCUGGCGGUUCAGUAGGGUUAGAGGAGCUUCAAGAUGCGUACCUGUCAGAGCUGCUAUCGUACAGCCUAGAUCGACUAAACAAGGAGCCGGAGCUGCUGCGCUCCGAUGCGGAGAGGGUGCAGCGGCAGAUGCAGGAGGUGGCGGUGGCGCAUUACCGCGCGUUCAUCACCGCCGCUGAUGCCAUCGGGUCCAUUCACCGGGAGAUUGCCUCCAUCGACCAACACCUGGGAUCGCUGGUGUCGGAGAUCCCAAAGCUCACGACGGGGUGCAACGAGUUCCUGGAGGAGGCGCAGGGGGUGGUGGAGAAGAGGCGGCUGAACAAGACGAUGCUUGCCACCCACCCCACGCUCAUGGACCUGCUAGAGAUCCCGCAGCUCAUGGACACGUGUGUGCGCAACGGGAAUUACGACGAGGCUUUGGAUCUGGAAGCAUUCGUGGCGAAACUGACAACCAUGCAUGCCAAGCUGCCGGUGAUCCAGCAGCUGGCAGUGGAGGUGCGGCACACCACACAGGCCAUGCUGUCGCAGCUGCUGCUCAGACUGAGAUCCAACAUCCAGCUGCCCGAGUGUCUGCGUGUGAUCGGCUACCUCCGGCGAUUGGCAGUAUUCUCAGAAACAGAAAUGCGACUGCAGCUGGACCCUUCCUCGCCCUACGACUACCUGAAGCGCCUCACGGACUGCCACCGCGUGCACCUCUUCGACGGAGGCGUGGCUGGGGAGGUGGUGUCUGAGCUGGACCCUUCCUCGCCCUACGACUACCUGAAGCGCCUCACGGACUGCCACCGCGUGCACCUCUUCGACGUCGCCACGCAGUACCGCGCCAUCUUCGCCCACGACUCUCCCUCUUCCGCCUCACCGGGAGAUUCAUCGAACCUGGAAGAGGAUUCGGCUGCACUCGCUGCGCUGCUGGGAGAGAAAGCCACAGGGGGAGGAGCGCCAGGGGGAGGGGCAGGGGGAGCAGUGGGGGAGUGUUGGGGAAGUACGGGAAGGGCAGGGGGGGAGGCGGGGCGGUUUUGGCUGGGUGGGGGGUGGGGGCGCGGGGGCGAUGGGGGGCUGGUGUAUGGUUGGGCCAUGCAUCGAGUGGCAGUGUAUUUGGCAGCGCUGGCACGGCACCUGCCGAGGAUAGAGGAUGGGGGGUCGUUGGCCAGCGUGCUAGAACAUUGCAUGUACUGUGGCAUGAGUCUUGGCCGGGUGGGGCUGGAUCUCAGAGGUCUCCUGCCGCCCCUCUUUGAAUCCUGUGUGCUCCGAAUGUUCCAGCGCAACGUCUCCUGUGCAGUAGACUCAUUCCAUCACGUGUUGGACACGCACAGAUGGGUGCCGCUGCCAUCCAUGGGCUCUGCUGCUCGCAUGGGCAUGGGCCUGGGGGGUGACUCCCUUGAUGACGUGGCGCCUCCCUAUUCGCUCAUGGAGCAUCCGCCGCUCGCUGCCUUUGUGAACGGCAUUCUUGCCGCACUCAACGAGUUGCGUCACUGCGUGCCGUCGUCUCUCAAGCAGCAGCUGGCAUGGGAGGUGGAAAGAGCGCUGGCUGUAGUGGCUGCGUCUCUGGCUCGCUACAGCCACACGCACAUAGUCAAGGACUCUGAGGCUGCACUCUUUAUUGGCACGUGCCGGGCUUUCGUAGAGGUGGUGUGCCCCUAUGUGGCUCUGUGCUUCUCCCGCUGCUACGGCUCUCCAACCACCCUCGUAUCCACUCAGGUGGCAUGCGAGCCUGUGAGGCAACUCAUUCUCGCCUCCAUGCCCCCCGCCCCUCCUGCUGCUGCUGCUGAUGCUGAUGGUGAUGCUAGUAGUGCGGGUGAGGGGCAGGAGGUGGGGGAGGGGCGGAGUGGGGAUGGGGAGAUUAGAGAAGGUGAGGUGGGUGAAGGGGAGAAGCAGGUGGGAGAUGGUGAGGGGGAAGGAGGUGGUGAUGGGAAGGUGUCUGGUGAUGGUGACUUGGCGCCUGAUGGUCAAUCAGAAGCGGCAAGGGCAGGAAAGGGAGGCGCAGGAGCAGCAGGAGAUGAUGUGGCGUCAGUUCAAGGGUCGGUACCUCCAGCAUCUGCAGAUACAGCACUAGUUGAGAGGAGCUGAAGCGGAAAAGCAGGGUCAGCAGCAAGUUUUUUGGAAACGACUAACUAGAGAAUGAUGAUCAAUUUGGAGUGAGCUUGUAGGACUAGCCAAUCAGUGGAACUCCUGGGGACUAACCAAUCAAUAAAACCCCUUGGACUGACCAAUCAGUGAAGCAAUGCUACAAGACAAGACUCCCAUCCAUGUUUCAAGCCACAGAGCUUGGGUCUUUGGAGGAACCACUUAACCAAUAUACAACUGUUGACAAGCAACCCUGAUCCGUUGAAUGGUUCGAUAGUCCGGGGGAUGUGGGCUAGUCGAGAUU